AAGGAUGGUAGCAGUUAUCGCUUCCUCAUCAGCUUCCUCAAUCCUAGAAGUUACGUUUACUGAAGGGUUUCUCAUAUAUAUUAAAAAAAUUAUCGGAGGUUUCUAUUUCCUCCUAACAUUUAUGAUUUCUAUCCGAUAAAUCCAGACAAAGAAUUUUUGGGACGACUGUUUUUGACUUAAGAUCCCAAGCUGCCAGCUUUGGGGAAAUUUUGGAUUUUCCUUGGUUUUCACUUGUCUUCUAACCAAGUUGCCUGAAAUGACAGGAUUAGGCUACGUAUUGUUCAAUUUAUUCUAGGAGACAAGUUUAACUAGUACUAAAUUAUUACUAAAUUGUAUAUCCCAUUAGUUUACCCCACCUUAUUUGUCGUGGUAAAUGAUUGUGAUGUGAUAUUUUUUGGUCAAACAAUUUAGUGAAGGGUAAAAAUAUUUGUACUAAUUUUAACUAUUUUUGUCAUUUUCUUAUAGAUUUGUACGAGAAAUAGGAAGGAUCAUUAUGGAUUCUAAAAACCUGCCGUCAAAAUUUUGUUACUUCAGGUCAGAAUUGAAUAUGCAUCCUCCAGAGACUCCGUUGCAUGUUACACAAGAAGCUGUUAGGAUGUUAGAGGCUUACCUGAACAUAAGCUCUCUUAGAAGGCAAAAAAGUACUAAAUCUGACAGAGGAUCAAAUGUUUACCAUGACGACAUAAGUGUACUGCCUCUUAAAGAUUACAUAAAAAAUAAUGAUCAAGCAUCAAUUUGCGCAAGUGCUAACUAUGUUAAACAAAUACUGAAUAUGUCUUUUGAUAACAGAGAACGUUUAAAGAAGUUAGAAAAGAUCUCUCCACAUUUCGGUAAUACGACAACACAUCUUGAAGAUAGUAGGUUCAUAUUUAAUGAAAAUACACUUGGUCAUAUAAAGCUAUCAGUAAGCAAGUUAUCACUUUUUAUGUUCAUUCAAGAAUUCAGUGUCUGUUGUGAACAAGAUGGGCUCAUGUAUUGUGUGAUGUCUGUAGGCAGUUUUCACUUAUUUGUUGUUCACACCGUGUAAAGAAACUUUUUGGAGUACCUAUAAAAGAAAUUUAGUUAAUAGUGGCCUUGAUAAUCUAUGAUCAUAAGCACUGUGUCUGAGGUAACUGUUUGAGUCUUUUUGCAUACAGGUAAGUUAAAAUGUACUGUUUCUAUUGUCAACCUUUUCUGACCCUUCCUUCCAUUGUGGAAUGGCAGCGUUUUUAGAGAUGCUGGUCAUUCAUGCAUAACGCAUUACUGAUAUUUCACGCCAGUACGAUGGGCAGUAAAGAUUCCCGCGUAUACAUUAUACCAGCUGCAACCGACCAUCCUUACUUAGAUUUAGGUGUUAAAGCCAAUUUGGUUUAACUUGCUUUUCAAGAUAGGCAAAUCCAGUUACAUCAUGGUGGUAGCUACAGCCAACAAUAAUUUUUUUUUAAAUCACACUAUAAAAAGCCUUAGACACGUGUUUAAUGCUCAUUGGAAGCUGAGGAUGCAGAAACGUUUGUUGGUUAAUGCUGACGUAAGUGAAACCAAUGCAUGAAACUUCUUAUCUGCCCUAAAGUAUCAGUUGCAGAGCAAAACAGCAAGUUUCCAAGCUUGAUAACUGUUUGGUAAACUUCAUUGAUUUUACUCGCCAAUCACUGAGUUGGAUUUCAUGACAUGAGUGACUUUUUCUAGUGAGUGGAUUCUCUGCUGCAGAAUAUUUUGUUUCAAAUUCACAUAUACUAUCAGACUUCGGGAGAAAUUAAAAAGAAUCAGCUUAGCAACAACUGAACCGCAUAAUUAGUGAGCGGCCACUAAACAGUUAAAAACACACAAUGGAUUUGUGCUAAUCAAAAACAUUGCCAAUUAAUUGUAACUGUCAGAAUUUGAUUUGAUAUUACGUGUACUGUAGCUUUUCUUCAAUAUCUACAGCUAUCAGUUAAGUCUUUGUACAAGGCGAUUUUACACAAUAAAGUCAAAAUUCACUCAUUAUGCAACAUUCGUAAUUUGUAGUCAAAAAAUAAAAACUAUUAUUGCAUCACUAUGCCACUAAAUAGUGUGUUGAACUUCACGAAAGUAAUACCAGGUUGAUUCUUUCCACUUUAGUAAAAAGCAAAACCAAAAAAGUAUUUACUCGAUAAACUUAGUAUGUUUUCCCCUUUUUUAUAACUUUAGUUAAAAGCUCUGCUUAAAUGCAGUGUGGUAAGACAAACAAACAAGGUAAUACGCUACCCGUCGCUCCAAAAGUAUUGGAAAAUUGUUUAAAGACUACUCAGUUUCAUUGAGGUUAUAAUUAACUCCAAGUAUCAUCUUAAUAAAAGUCAAAUGCCAUUAGAUAAAAGGAGGUUCAGAUUUAAAAUAACUAAUUUAUAUGCUUUACAAUUCUUAUGAGAAAUAGAUUGCUGAAUUUGUUUGUGGUGACAACCCGUAUAGUAAUAAGCAAACGUAUGUUUACUUUAAAGCUCCACAUUGUUUAAAGAUGAAUCCUGACGCAAGGGAUAGUAAUUGAACUUAAUGCCACAAAUAUCGCCAAACUCCUCAAAAUUAAUAUUUAGUUGUAAAGAAUGUUCCUGAUCAGUACAUUGAUUUCGAAGGCUGAUUUUCAUCAAAAAUGAUUGAAAUAUUCUGAAAAGAAUUGACGGCUAACUUACAUAAUUUUAGAUUAAAAUGUUAGUCAUUCGGUUCAGUGGAAUUCAUGUUCUCAUUAAUUAAAAUGAUAAAAACACGGUGUUUCAGGUCUUAUUUUGUACAUUCUCGUUAUUUAUAGCUUGUUCACUUAACUGUGAAAUUAUUCCUAAUAAAAUUCCUCUUCAGUCAAUGAAUGGAUCAUUUGUACAAAAAACAAAAAUAAAUGAAUUUUUUCCUCGUUUUGACAAUGUUGAUGGCCUUAGUGCUAAAUCUCGACACUCUGAUUCACUACAUAAUUUAGGUAGCAUAGAACCAGUCAGUCCACUAGUGUUUGAAAUACCAAUUCAAAUACCUGAUAUAGAAACUGGCAGUUCAUUGUCCAAGAGGUUUGUAAUGAAAGACGAUUCUGUAUCUUCAUCGAUCAUGCGCUAUCAUAGUGUAUGCAGUGGAAGUGCAGAAAAAACUCACGCCAUACCUAAAAUAGAAGAAUGGUCAGCAAUCGAAGUUGGGUCUCAUCAUAAUCAAUAUACUCGACGUUUCAGUGUUAAGUCAGCCCCUGAUGACGUACAGCACUGUGUGCACAUAAGACCUAAACGAAGUGCUACCAAAAAAUGGUUUAAAUUCCGGUUUCCCAAAAGCAGUUUUAACUUAAAAUCUCACAUUGGAAAUAAAUUAUCUACAGCUAAAGAGGAAAUAUUCGGAUUAAACAGUGUAUUUAUGGAAACUAGUUCUCACGAAAAAACAUCAACUCUAGAAAAAGAAUAUAAUGGCUGUGCUGAAGUCAAUGGUACCCUCUCUCCUCCAAUACCCAACAUAAAAUUGGGUACAAACAUCAUAAACAAACCAAAUGAAAGGCUUCAACAUCCACCACUUACCAAUGUAUGUGCUCAGUUAUUCCCCCGAUUAUUUCGUCAGAGUGAAUCUUCGUCUAAUUAUUUAUCAAGUGGUUUUUUCCCUAGAAUACAAAGGCUAUCCACAAACACUAUUCGUCGAGUAAAGCGAAAAAAACGCACUGCUAGGAAACUGGAUAAAAUUUCUACUCAAGCUUCUGUAGAAGAACAACAAGAAGAGUUUCGCUUAUUACCGUUAUAUACCAAACGGCGUUCAUCCAAAUUCUCUCAUUAUGGGAAUGUUGGGUUAAUUGAAAAUAAAGGGAACUUAUUAGUUGAAAAAGUAGAGUAUAACUUAUUGAACAGAUCAAAUCACUCAUCGGAUAAAGAAUUUUUAGAAAAUGACUCGUUUAAUACCCCAAUAAUGAAUUCCAAAACAUGGCCAAUCGGUUCACCUAGCUCAAAGGUAGCUGGCGAAAUUGCUUUUCUUUAUCGUGGAUUGAUCGAAACAAUAGGAAGUGAUAAAUUGAUUGAAUCUGCUUCACAAACAUGGAGUCAUUUCACUCACAGAAAACUUCAGUCUUCAGAUAAAACUAAUGUACCUUCGUUCAAUUUGAAUUCAGUUAUAAUUCAAUGCGAUAAAUCGAAUAAAUCCACAUAUGACCUUACAACCAAUGAUUUAUCUACAAUGCAGCAUUGUACUAUUGAUCAUACAAAAGUUACGGAUGAAAUAGUGUCAAGUAGGGGAGCGACUGAUGAAGCACUAAAAAAUACUACCAUCAGUUCUAAACCGAAUCAAGCAAAUAAAUCUUCAACAAAAAAUGAACUAUUUUUCAAUAAAGUAACACAAAAUCUCGGAAACUGUGUGGUGAGGAAUUCUUCAAACAAUUCUGAACUUCAAAAUGAAUUAAAAGUAGAAAACUCCAAUAAUUCAUCAACAAAUGAUGAUACACACUAUCCAUAUGCUAAAUACGUUGCAGCUAUGAUUGAUGCUUUGUCUGAACGUCUUAUGGGUAAAAUAUCAGAAGAUGAUUUAGAAUUACGUUUUCAGACUUUAGAAGCAGAAGCAUCUAAAGCGGCCAAACACAAAAAUGCCCAAUCUGUUAAACGUGAACGAUUCUACUCGGUUAGUAAUGGAGCUGAGAAUUUACGUUGUCAGAAUUCCUUAGAAAAUACGACACGGGGUAAUUCAUCAUCAGAUGAAAAUAUAUUCAAUAACAUAACAGAAAGAAAUGAGCUAAAGAAUAGACGAUGCCAUUCUGUAACUAAUUUUUUUGCUACGACAAAAUCAUCAGACUUACAUAAUGCAUCAUCAUUAGAAUCAAGCCAACGUAAUUUGAAAUAUUCUUGUUUAGAACAGGUGAAACGAUUACAACUUCGAAACAAAUUAAUUAUAACAGAGGAUUUAUUAAAUCGUCUUGUAAAUCAUACAAAUUAUCCGAAUUUCGAGGCUGAUAUCCUAGAUUUAUUAGGUCGACAACCGAAUUGGCAUAGAAUCGCUAUUCUUUAUUAUCUUACUAGAUGUUCAGUUAGACAUAUAUUAAAUCUACAUAUAGAGAAGUUGGAAACAAUACAAGAGUCAACUUCAAGUUCAUCAAUGUUACGUCAGUCGAUAAAUAUUAAUUCAGAUAGUGAGGAAAUUGAUGGAAGUUAUUUACAAUCAUCAGGAAGUAAAUCACCUCAAAAUAAUUUUUAUCCAUCAAAUUCAACAUAUGAAACAAUAAUUCGUGAUACUGGCCAAUGUCGAGCAAAUAUAGGCCGAAUCAAAGAUUAUACAAUUACUUUUUUUACACGUUGGUAUGCAGAUUGGGUUUAUAAACGUGGUGGUUGGCAAUCUGUAAUCGAGGAAACUGAAGAUUCUGAGCUAGACUAAAUUGUUCAUCAAUUUUUUUACGUGAAUGGAAUAAAUGUUAUUUUUUUAACGAACACACAACUCGGUGCUUAAUUUUUGUCAAACUAUUCGUUCUAAUAUUGACGAAUAUUCGUAUAGACAACUAGUCAGUAUGUGAUAAAUUAUAUGUAGAGCUUAUAAUACCUAAAUUUUAUACAUAAAAAGUAAUUUGUUUAUGAUAACUUCAUUUGUAUGUCAUAUAUAUGUGAGGGACAGAAAUGACAAUCGAUUCAUAAUAUUUAAUUAUUACUUUUUUUCCCCCCGAACAUUGUAAAUUUCUACGUGUGUUUAUGUAGCAAUCAC